GUGGCACGCAGGCCGAGGGCCAACAGAUGCGAUGAGAGGGCGGCGGGGCGAGGAUGAAUGCAGACAGCAGCAAGCUGCUAAAGAACCAGUCAGAUUAUGGCGCAGUCCGGUACACUGGGACCAAUGUAUCCAUGGAGGUGACUGGAUACAAGCAAGUGCAAUGGCGAGUAAUUCUCUGCCAUAUUCUUACUGUACUAACAGUAGGAAUACUACGGCUAAUUUUUUAUUGGAAACCGGUUCUGGAAGUACUUUUUAAAUGCCAUCCCUGUCAUCUGAGUCAAUCUGAUUGGGUUGUAAUCAAGGAUUCAUUUAACCAGCAGUUCAUAGCUAGAGUCUGCAUGGAGGAGGUUGAAGAUGACUGUUUUCCACAAUCGGCUGAACCUAGUGGGGAUGAUAAUCAAAUUGCUUUGGCCAUUGGAGUGCUUGAAGAUGAUUGGAAAGAUACAAUUCAACUACAGAAGCAGGAGGAGAAAAGUGUGAUUCGCUACUUCACCUUUGAGGGUUUACGCUACAUUUGGAUCGAGAAAAAAGGAAGCUUCUGCAAGCUCAGUGAUCUUGAUGAGAUACUGACGUGUGAGGACAUUCACAAACAACAGAAGGGACUCAGCAGGCACUACCAAAAUAAAAAAAGACAGGUGUAUGGACCAAACGUGAUUGAGGUGCUUGUAAAAUCAUACUUCACACUACUAGUAGAAGAGAUCCUGAAUCCUUUCUACAUUUUCCAGAUUUUCAGUAUUAUACUUUGGAUCACUGAGGAGUAUUAUUACUAUGCAGGGUGUAUCUUGUUCAUCUCGGUUAUAUCCAUCAGUAUAUCCCUAUACCAGACGCACAAGCAAAGUGUAACACUACAGAAUAUGGUAAAAUUAACACUUAAUGUACACGUUCGAAGAGAUAGUGGAGAAGAGGAAAUGGUGAAUUCUCGGGAUUUAGUCCCUGGUGACUGCAUUGUGAUCCCUGAAGAUGGAAUUCAGAUUCCAUGUGAUGCAGCACUUCUAACCGGAGAGUGUAUGGUCAAUGAGAGCAUGCUUACAGGUGAGAGUGUACCAGUGAUGAAGACACCUCUACCUGUUCAAGAUGUGAUCUAUUCUUCUGAAGAACACAAACGGCACACACUUUUCUGUGGAACUCAGGUUGUACAGUCAAAGAGCUACAGCAUGGAUCAACAAGUUUUGGCUGUGGUAGUGAGAACAGGCUUUUGCACUUGUAAAGGAGAAUUGAUCAGUUCUAUUCUGUAUCCCAAACCUUUGGGAUUUAAGUUCUACAAAGAUGCAAUGAAGUUCAUUAUCUUUCUUGGAAUACUCGCUUUGAUUGGGGACGUAUACAGCAUAGUGAUUCUAGAAAAACAGAAGGUAUCAGUGGGACGUGUGUUGACACGUAUCCUUGAUUUGAUCACUAUCAUUAUUCCGCCUGCUCUCCCUGCAGCUAUGACUGUUGGGACAAUCUACGCCCAAGAUAGACUGAAAAAAUAUGGCAUUUUCUGUAUUAGUCCUCCACGCAUCAACAUCUGUGGCAAACUGAAACUCAUCUGUUUUGAUAAGACGGGAACACUUACAGAGGAAGGCCUGGACUUUUGGGGAGUUGUAUUGGUAGCAGGCAAGAACUUUGAUCCGAUUAUUCAUGACACUCAGCACCUUGUUAGCAGUCGAAUGCUACAUGCACUGGCCACCUGUCAUAGCGUCACACUGCUGAAUAAUCAACCAAUUGGUGACCCACUCGAUCUAAAGAUGAUUGAGUCAACUGGUUGGAUUCUGAGUGAUGAGAUUACAGACUUCGACAUAAGCAAGAAAUUUGGAAUGAAAGUUCUGGCUGUCAUGAAGUCUCCACUGCUGGAAGAACAGCCUUUUGGCAGUAAACAAGAGAUGAUUUUAGGGAUUCUUCGCCGUUUUCCGUUUGCUUCGACGCUGCAAAGAAUGAGUGUGAUCACGAAGAAACCGGACAAUUCGCCACUCGAGGUGUACAUGAAAGGUGCACCUGAGAUGGUUGCCAGUCUCUGUUUGAAGGAAACAGUUCCUGCUGAUUUCUCUGAAGUAUUAAGGUACUAUGCCAAAGAUGGAUAUAGAGUUCUUGGACUUGCAUACAAAACACUAAGUCAAGACAUUACCUUCGAGGCAGUGCAUAUGUUGGAGAGGAAUUCUGUGGAGAGUGAGAUGACAUUCCUGGGAUUCCUGAUCAUGAGGAACAUUUUGAAACCAGAAACAAAGCCUGUCAUUGACAACCUGAUAAGAGCCAAUUUCCGGACUGUAAUGGUGACAGGAGACAACAUGCUGACGGCGCUAAAUGUUGCCAGGAAUUGUGGAAUGGUGGGUUUGACAGACAAAGUCAUCUUUGCCAACGCCUCCCCACCCUCAAUUGGUAAACCUGCCUGUGUGAAGUUCCUGCCAUCAGACCCAGCAUCGGACCUGAAUGGGACUGAGCUGCAGCAACAAUCAAGGAACCACUCUUCGGAGCAGUCUUACUAUCAUUUUGCAAUAAAUGGAAAAUCUUUUGCAGUGAUUUGUGAUUACUUCCCAGAUCUGCUACAAAAGAUCCUGCUUCGGGGCACUGUUUAUGCUCGGAUGGCUCCUAAUCAAAAGACACAACUGGUGGAGAGUUUACAGAAACUGGAGUACACUGUAGGAAUGUGCGGAGAUGGAGCUAAUGACUGUGGGGCUUUGAAAGCUGCAGAUGCAGGAAUCUCUCUCUCUGAGUCCGAGGCCUCGGUAGCAUCUCCCUUCACCUCAAAAAUAGACAACAUUAAGUGUGUACCAAUGGUAAUUCGGGAAGGUCGAGCGUCUCUUAUCACCUCCUUUGGAGUUUUCAAAUACAUGGCCAUGUACAGCAUGAUCCAGUUUGUCUCGGUGCUAAUAAUGUACACAAUCAACUCAAACUUGGGAGACUGGCAGUAUUUGUACUUUGACCUGGUUAUCACUACAACUGUGGCCAUACUCAUGGGUCGAACAGGGCCUGCGAAAGAGCUUGUGGCACAACGGCCUGUGGGGAGUCUGAUCAACAUUACGAUCCUGGGCAGCCUGCUGCUACAAACCGUGCUGGUUAUACUGAUUCAGAUCCUCACCUACACAGUCACUACCACUCAGAGCUGGUUUGUUCCUGCAAGCACCAGUUCCUCUGGCAACAAACUGCCGAACUAUGAAAACACUGCUUUAUUCUGUGUGUCUGGAUUCCAGUAUCUCAUCCUGGCAACAGUACUUUCCAAGGGUCAACCUUUCCGCAAGCCGCUGUAUUCUAAUGUACUGUUCCUGAUUGCAUUGAUCGUGCUCUAUGCAAUAAUGAUAUUUUUGACAGUUUACCCACUUCAGUUCAUCCGAAAAAUUCUGCAGCUGAUGUUCAUCGAUGAUAUGAAAUUUAAAUUGUUAUUGCUGGGGUUUGCAGCAUUGCAAUUCUUUAUUUCCUUUCUAUUUGAGAUAGCUAUAGAUAAUGGAUUUCUUAACGUCUGCAAAAAGCCAUUGUGCAAGAAGGAAUCAUCCAAAAAGCUGUACAAAAGACUUGAGAAAGAACUUUGCUACAAUUUAGCAUGGCCUCCUCUUAAUGAAAUUAUAUAUGCUGAACCAGGGAAUAUUGUCCAUGUCGAAUGACACAUUCCAUGGAAACAGGCGAUGGGAUAAAGGCCAGUUUUUAAACCAAAAAUAUACUACCUGAAAUUCACCAGGGAUGCUGAGAACUUGUGACUUUGUGUGUGCAUCAGAUGAUGCAAGAAUAUGCAGCUAGAUAUAAAUCUUAGCCACCACACCGCGCCCCCCCCCCCCCCAAAAAAAACUUAGGAAAAAUAUUUGGAAAAUUAUAAACAGACUAGAAUUUGCCCUUUGACCAUUACCGUGUCCCCUUUUGGGUAAGAGUGGCAAGGCACUCACUGCCAACUUGCAUGUGGGUUUCUUGUCAAUGAAAUCAAAUAUUCCAUUAUUGAACAUAAUCAUUCCUGGUUGGGGGAACAAUGUUCUAUGUUUUCUCUCAUAACUUGUGUUAUUAUUUAUUGAACACUACAUUUUCCAAAGAUUUUUAAUCGAAGCCUGGUAGGGAAAUAUAACUCGGGAUCAAUGUGUGUGUGUGCGCACAGACGGGGCAGAUGAUAGAGAAGCAAGGAGAGAUGGGCACUUUUAUCAUCCUUUGAAAAUCUGGAAAACUACAUUGAUGAAUCUAAAUCUAGAUCAGUGAAGCUGGGGCUUGAUAUUUCAUCAAGUUAUCUUUGAAUGUUUUAAAAGGUUUAGAAAGAUACUUCCUUUUCCCUGACUUUAGUCUUGUUCCCCUAACUGUAUUGGCACUGUCAUUUCCACGGGUGCUGGUAGCCCUUGUGCUGAACAGUUGCCAUUUAGUGAGGCUAUGUUUAUGGAUGUACAGGAGGAAGCAGGCUGGAUCACAGUUUAACUUGGUUUUUUGCCUGCUCUGUCCAGGCAAUCCAUUAACCACUUGUGCACUUUUAAUUGAGUUGGAAGAAUGUGUAAUUGUUUUCCCCCCCUUGUAGCCCAGUUUACUAAGGCCAAUUAUGUUUAUCACCAUUGCUAGAGAUUGAACCUGGGACUGGUUGAUAUAUUUGGUUCCUGAUCUCUUAAGGUGAAUGUGCUUUUUGCUUAGAGAAAGGGUAAAGUGCUGAAUAUAGCCUUAAGCUAUGUUUAUGAUUGCUGCAACCUGGUCCAAAUAAAGCAGAACAAGUUAUUUUACAUCUCAAUUUGCCAAGAUUUAAGCAAUUGCCAUAAUACAUUUUUCAGUCGUCAUGCAUGAAUUUUAUUUGAAAUUGAUCAUGGUUGCUGAAAGUCACUUCUAUGUUAAGAAACAGAAGAGAUUUUGGUGAGCCACUUUGAUUUCUUCCUUUCCUCACAACUAGGGCAUUUGUGGUAGAGAAUUGACCAUCCUCUACAUCAUUAUUUGGGGGUGGGGGAAGAGACCAUUUCACUAAAAACCUGAAUCAUAAUUAAUUCCAAAUAUGGUAUCCAUGUGCAUUAAUUUGUCAUCUAGUUAUGCACUCCAGCUAUGACAAGAUGGUGUGUGCAGGUGUCUGAUUUUCAGACCUACUUUGAGAACCAUUUUUAUCUACUCCCUUCAUACAUUUUAUCUAAGCUAAUUCCUGUAGAAUAUUUUUUAAUUGUACAAUCUGACUUUGUAUUGAUUUUUAUAACAUGGACAUUAUGUACAGUUUAUAGGACAAGUGCUGUUACAUUUUACUGUGCCACUUUUUCAAAGCAAUGUCAUGCAAAUAUUUGACUGUACAGUAUAUAAAGAUUUUAUUUAUGUGCCUCAGCUAUGUCAUUGAAAAUCCCAACUGCACUCUUGCAUAUGUUUUUCAGCCCAUCACUGCAAAUGAUUGGAGAAGUCUGUCAUAUAUAUAUAAAAUGAUGGUAUAUAUAUAUAUAUAUAUAUAUAUAUAUAUAUAUAUAAAACCAUCAUCUCUAUAUAGUCUUAC